AUGUGAGGGGUUGCAGCAAAAUGAAGGAGACCCCUAUCUGGAUGAGAUCUUGGACAUGCUGACUUGCCUUACAACCUGUGGAAAAACUGAACUGAAAGUUUCUGGCAACAUUGUACACCCGCAAUUACCACACUUUAAUUUUGAACGGACACGGUCUUCUGGAAUGACAGUGAAAAACCUCCAGGCUUUUCAGGUGUUGCAGUCCAUUUUCCAGAAAAGUAAUGAUCAGCACCUGUGUGGAAGAAUCUUGGCAGCAAUUGGUACCAUAUGGGCCUGGGACACAGUGAACUUCUUUCUUCUGGAAUGGACACUGCAACCUAUCAGCCAGUUUACUGACAUAAUCCAUUUCAAACCACACCCAGUCCAAGUCCAGUUCUUCCAACUGGUGGAGUCCAUAGUGCUAGACCUGUCCUAUGUCCCCCAUGAAAUUUUGAAGAAGGUUCAGUAUUUGAUAAAGGAAAACAUAGUGCCAUUCUGCACUUUAACAGCUCUCCGGUGCCUUCUCAGCAUGACCAAGAAGGACCUGUUAUUCAGCGACAUAUUCCGUGACUCUGGGCUCUUAGGCCUACUGCUGGCACUUUUAAGGAAGCAAGCCAAGAUCCUGAGGAAGUCAGCUGGAACCCCUCUGCCUGGUCUGGAAGAAGGCACUGAGAAGGAAUUAAAUGCUGUGAUGCUGAAGAUGGUGGCUGCCCUUACAAUGGGGUCUGUGAGGAACACUGGUAAGAAAUUACAUAUGACUGCAUUAACUUUGUGAUAUUUGGUGGUAAAUGGCCACGAUGCCUCUUAAGGAGCACCAACUGACUUUUGUGCUUCAGUGAGAAGUG